ACUAUCCAAUGCAGCAGAACUUAUAACACACUAUCACAACCAGGACUCUAUUGGUUUAAAGGUGUAAGCUGUUGUAGUUCGAUCUUUUAAUGUCAAUGACAGAUGAAGUAGUUCUCUUGGAUUUCUGGCCAAGUUUGUUUGGAAUGAGAGUAAGAAUAGCUUUGGCUGAAAAGGGUAUCAAAUACGAUUACAAAGAAGAAAGUCUUCUAAACAAAAGUUCACUGCUUCUAGAGAUGAACCCUGUUCAUAAAGCGAUUCCUGUUUUGAUUCACAAUGGAAAACCGAUCUGCGAGUCCUUAAUAAUUCUUGAAUAUAUUGAUGAAGUCUGGAAACACAAAUAUCCGUUGUUACCAAGUGAUCCUUAUGAGAAAGCCACUGCAAGGCUCUGGGCUGAUUACAUCGACAAGAACGUGUAUGUAUUCGGGAAGAAGAUAUGGAUGACAAAAGGAGAUGAACAAGAGAAAUAUAAGAAAGAUCUCAUAGAAACUUUCAAAGUACUGGAAGGACAGCUCGGAGAGAAACCUUAUUUUGGUGGUGAAAAGAUGGGGUUUUUGGAUGUUGCUUUGAUUCCGUAUUACAGUUGGUUUUAUUCUUAUGAUAUAUGUGGGAAUUUCAGUAUUGAAGUUUUCUGUCCAAAGUUAGUAGCUUGGGCUAAGAAGUGUAUUCAAAAGGAGAGUGUCUCUAAGUCACUUCCGGAUCAAGAAAGGAUCUAUGGAUUUGUUCUUCGCCUUAAAAAGUUUUAUGGAGUUGAUUAACAAGGUAAUUAGAUCAUGUCGCGUGUGAGAUUUUCCCGGAAAUAAUUGAAUUAUGAUCCUUCUCAUUCUUAAGUUUACUUUCUUUUGUAAUCACUUGUUUCUGAAAUAUGAGGUGUUGUGUACUUUCUC